GGCUUUAACUUGGUUCCUACUCUGGGUUGUAUUAAUACAGGAAUCGCCAGAAUCUGACAAGUGGAUAUCAAAUUCCGAAUUGCAAUAUAUUCAGCAAUCACUGAAAGAUUCAAAACCAACCGAAUCCUUUUCAGUACCGUGGAUAAAUAUUUUAACAUGCAAAGCAGUGUGGGCGUUACAGGUGGCAGUAUUUUGUGAAUCUUGGGGAUUCUAUACUCUACUCACCCUACUUCCUAAGUAUUUCAAAGAUGUAUUUAACUUCGACAUUUCGAAAUCAGGAAUACUUUCUGCGUUGCCCUACUUGUUUUUAGCCAUAAUGAUGCAAGUUACAGGUCAGCUGGCAGACAGGGUUGUGCAAUGGAAUCUUUUAAGUGUUACCUGGGCAAGAAAAACGUUUAUGGCUGUGGGGUUUUUGUUGCAAACCUGUCUCAUGAUGGGUGCGGCAUUUGGGGACAAGCAACUGGAACUGUUCUUUGUUUAGUACUUGCGGUAGGAAUGGGUUCCUUUGCUAUAGUUAUUAUAAGAACACCCACCUCGAAUUGGAAAUUUUGGAAACAAAGACGAUACAUUUUGGCUAUCUUAGUCUUUUUCGGAUAUGUAAACAUUUAUUCUUUACGAGUUAACUUAAGUGUAGGUAUCGUGGCUAUGACCCAGGAUAGACAUGUUACGUUUCCAAAUGGCACUGAAGCAAAUAUAGGUCCAGAAUUUUCAUGGGACAACAAAAUUCAAGGUUACCUGUUAAGUUCCUUUUUCUAUGGUUAUAUAAUGACUCAAAUUGUUGGUGGAUAUCUUUCCAGAAGGUUUGGAGGAAAGCUGAUCUUCGGAGGAGGAGUUGCAGGAGCUGCUUUCUUCACUUUGCUAAGCCCGUUGUUAGCUACCAUAAACGUAUAUCUUCUUCUGGUUGGAAGAACUUUAAUGGGAAUAUUUGAGGGCGUGACAUAUUCGAGUUUAUUCUAUUUGUGGGCCAAGUGGAUUCCACCUAGUGAAAGAAGCAGAUAUGCCAGUCAAUCAACUUCAGGCAGUUAUGCUGGAGCCGUUUUUGCCAUGAUGUUUUACGCAUAUCUAGCUGACAGCAGUGGAUGGAGAAGCAUCUUUUAUUUUUCAGGUGGAUUGGCAUUAGUUUGGUACCUACUCUGGAUUGUAUUAAUACAAGAGUCUCCAGAAUCUGACAAGUGGAUAUCGAAUUCAGAAUUACAGUAUAUUCAGGAAUCAGUAAGAGAUUCCAAACCUACCGAGUCCUUUUCAGUACCGUGGAAAGGUAUUUUAACAUGUAAAGCAGUGUGGGCAUUACAAGUAGCAAUAUUUUGUGAAGCUUGGGGAUUUUAUACUUUGCUCACGCUACUGCCAAAGUAUUUCAAAGACGUGUUUAAUUUCGACAUUUCAAAAUCAGGAACCCUUUCUGCGUUGCCCUACAUAUUUAUAGCCAUUAUGAUGCAAUGUACAGGUCAGCUGGCAGACAGGGUAGUGCAAUGGAAACUUUUAAGCAUUGUAAAUGUUUUGGAUAUCGCCCCUGUUAAUGCAAGCAUAUUAAUUGGAUUAAUAAAUACAUGGGGUAGUAUACCUGGUAUCAUAAGUCCCACUAUCGCAGGAUAUGUGGUUUCUACUGAUAAUCCAACUGUACAUCAAUGGAGAAUUAUAUUCUAUAUAACAGCAGGUUUGUACCUGUUUGGAGCAUUAUUCUUUAUGAUUUUUGCAUCUGGAUUAAGACAGUCUUGGGAUAUUCAACAAAAAAUUGAUCCUGAAGAAUCCAUCAGAAAAGAGAAUCCCGAGGGCGUGCAUACGAUGACAUUGUCCAGCUGUAAUAACGGAUUGGAUAUCGAUUCAAGAGUGAAGAAGCAGGAAAAUCUGUCAUGGUGGGAGAUGUGGAAAACACGAAGAUAUUUCGUGGCUAUUAUGGGAUUCUGUGGUUUCUUCAACGUGUAUAUUUUAAGAGUAAAUUUAAGUAUAGCAGUUGUAGCAAUGACCGCAGAUAGGUAUAUUAUAGCGGAAAAUGGUACAUCUAUAAACAUUGGUCCGGAAUACAACUGGAGCAAUCAACUUCAAGGGUACAUUCUCAGCUCUUUUUUCUAUGGAUACAUUGCCACACAAUUUGCUGGAGGAUAUUUUGCUGUUAAAUUUGGCGGAAAAGCUCUAUUUGGUCUAGGCAUAGCCGUUACAUCUUUACUUACCAUUGUCACACCAUUCUUAAUCUAUACAAAUGUGUACCUCUUGAUAACCGUAAGAGUCAUAGAAGGGCUAUUUGAGGGAGUAACUUAUCCUUGCAUGCAUGCGGUUUGGUCUAAAUGGGCACCACCUUUAGAACGUUCCAGAUUAGCUACUUUCACUUUUUCUGGAUGUUUUGUUGGAACGGUUGUCGCCAUGCCGUCAUGUGCUUAUUUGGCUGAUGCUUUAGGAUGGGAGAGUGUUUUUUAUAUUUGUGGUGCUUCUGGUUUACUAUGGUAUGCCACAUGGUUUUUCUUCGUUUCCGGAACACCUCAAGAAGAUCCAAAAAUAAGCCAAGAAGAACUGACGUAUAUCGAGAAUUCUUUUAAGGAAGCUUCCUCAAAACAAACAUACACUAAAGUUGUCCCCUGGAAAGAAAUAUUUACAUCGUUUCCAGUAUGGGCUUGUAUAAUUUCUCAUUUUGGUGAAAACUGGGGAUUUUACACGUUGCUCACGCAAUUACCGAAAUAUCUCAAAGAUAUCUACAGCUACGAUUUAGGUCAAUCCGGUUUUCUAUCUGCUCUACCAUACUUAGUGAUGGCCAUUAUAAUUCAGUUUUCUGGACAAUGGGCAGAUUGGUUUCUUGUCAAAGGUAUUUUGAGUACCACGCAGGUUAGGAAAAUAUUUAACUGUUCCGGAUUUAUUGCCCAAACUAUAUUUAUGUUAACUUCCGCUUUUUGGUCGGACAGAAUUGGAUCUGUAUUUUGCCUCACCAUGGCUGUUGGAUUAGGAGCGUUUGCGUGGGCUGGGUUCAGUGUAAAUCAUCUGGAUUUGGCACCACAAUUUGCAAGUGUUUUGAUGGGCAUAGGAAAUACAUUUGCUACUAUUCCUGGAAUUGUUAGUCCUAUUAUUGCAGGAUAUAUUGUUCAAAUUCCACCAACAGCAGAAGAGUGGCAAAUUGUGUUCUUUAUAACAGCAGGAAUCUACUUAUUCGGUGCAAUUUUCUAUGGUAUUUUUGCUUCUGGAGAUCUUCAACCGUGGGCAAUAGAACAAGAAAACCGAAACACAGAUACCAUUCAAGAAGAAGGAUUUACAAACAGAAGUUAUAUUCCUGAUAUAGCCGAAUAAAACUACUUUAAUAAUAACAAACGUUUAUUUAUUAAAAUUUAUUAUAAAAUCUAAAGUUUUAUAAGUUGGUCCCGGAAUAAAAAUAAAUUAUUACAUUUUUUAAUAUAAAAAAUUAUAUCACAUAAUAGCAAACUUAAAUUAAUUUUGUAUAUAAAAAUAGAUUAUAUGUAAAACAAACACAUACAUUAAUAAUAGCAUACAUUUUGUUUAGUUUUCUAUUAUACAACAUAUAAAUUGUAAAAAAACAUACACUAUAAAAAGUAUCAUUGCUAUAGGGUGUCAAUGAUAAAUAAAAAAAUGCAUCCAGUCAAAAAUUUCUCCGAAGAUCAUAAAUGUCAUUCAGGCAUUUUUACGAUUUGUUUUAUAAAUAUUUUAAAGUACUUAAUGCUAUGAAUGAAAUAUUUGCAGAACUUUCGUUUAUAUUGGUGUUAUUAACUACUCACUACUACAAAACUAUAGCUCUCUUGUGAAAUCAAAUUUGUAUUUAUGAGUGAAGUAAAAUAAAGGUCCACCAACCAUUUUUCC